ACGUUUUUUUCCGUGUUUCAAGUUUUUUCAUGUUAAGAAGAGUAAACAAGAUCCGACCUUUGAAUAUUAGAAAUUUGUCUCUUGCCACAUAUGUUAGUUGUACGCAACAGUAGAGGAAGACUGACCUAGAAAAACGUGAUCUUGAGAACUUCAAAAUUAAGGCUAUGAUGGAAAAGAGCGGCAUACUUUUGAUUUUGACGCUUUUUUCUUUGCUACAAGCACUCUCUGUUGUGCGAAAGAGCCGAUCAGUCGCGCGCGAUAAAAACGGGACUGUCUACAUCACGUCUGGCCUACACAUCGUUCUACAACCAGGACAUGGAGGACCGGUAAUCAUCAACUCAGGUCUUCUGGUGUGUAAAGGCGGUCGUUGUGGCGCGAGACUGGGAAGCAGAAGAAACCCCGCAACGUCAUGCAAGGCAAUCCUCCAGAACGAAAGGUUUGCUAAGAGUGGUGUCUACUACAUCAAGACUAAUGCAACAAUAACCAAAGUGUACUGUUACAUGGAUUACAUCCCCGGAUGUGGUGGAGGAGGCUGGACUACCAUCAUGAAGACCGAUGGCCACAAGUCCACCUUCACUUACACCUCAGCCCUGUGGAAGAACAAAGUCACAUAUAACAUGCCUGGAGGCCAAUCAGGUGUGGAUAACCAAGAAACCAAGUUACCUACCUAUUGGACGAUGCCCUUCAAUAGUCUCUGUCUGGGAAUGAAAACCAGUGGGAACACAAGUGAACCAAACUGGAUUCGCCUGAAAUACAGGGCAGACUCGCUAUACUCUGUGAUCGCAGACGGACGUUACCGCAGUUUCUCGAUUGGUCGUAACACGUGGAAGUCUCUCGUCCCAGGCUCUUCUCUGCAGCUAAAUUGUAACAAAGAGGGCUUCAAUUUCCACGUUGGAAAUCAAGCAAGUACGCGGAUCGGAAUUUUGUCCAAUCAAGAGAAUAACUGUGGUUCCCCAGAUUCUCGCAUUGGCUUUGGGACCGCGGGGACGGGCUGUAAUGGAAGAGCAGAUAAUUCGGUUUCCACUGGAAACGUCGCGGGAUGCAGCCCUGAUAACGGUGACAAAACUAUCCGAGCUUUUGGCUAUAUUCUAGCUAAGUAGAGCCCGUCGUAAGAAGCCUACUUACAUUAUCUAGAAUGACGAUAUAGUUAGAACGAAAAUAAUGUAAGAAAAAUAAAACCUGUCGAAAUUUACGCUGGUAAAGACAUAACGCGUUUGCUGAAAACGCCGAAAAGAUAUUAUAUCUAAGAAAAUUAAACACGAAAAUGCAGAAAAUUAAAGCAAAUAAUCUGAGUUGAAAAAUCAAA